CAGUAAAUCACAGAUCGCACCGAAUAUUCGUUUGUGAAAUUAGGGUUAGGGUUCAUCUGCAGCCAUAUAUAAAUUCCCUUUUUCUCCCACACUGUUCUUCCAUUCAUCAUCACUCUCUCACAUAGACCGUCUCUGAACUCAAGUCAAAAGAGAAAUCAAGAUGGCCACCGAACAAACCUUCAUCAUGAUCAAGCCUGAUGGUGUUCAAAGAGGCCUCGUUGGUGAGAUUAUUGGCAGAUUUGAGAAGAAGGGUUUCUACUUGAAAGGUUUGAAACUCCUUACUGUGGAGAGCUCUUUUGCUGAGAAGCACUAUGCAGACUUAUCUGCAAAGCCAUUCUUCAAUGGAUUGGUGGAAUACAUUAUCUCCGGCCCUGUUGUUGCCAUGAUUUGGGAGGGUAAGAAUGUUGUGACAACUGGCCGAAAGAUCAUUGGAGCAACAAACCCAGCUCAAUCUGAGCCUGGAACCAUUCGUGGUGACUUUGCUAUUGACAUUGGGAGGAACGUUAUUCAUGGAAGCGAUUCUGUUGAAAGCGCCAACAAGGAAAUUGCACUGUGGUUCCCUGAGGGCCCUGCUAACUGGCAGAGCAGCCAGCACAAGUGGAUCUAUGAGUAAAAUAUAUGCCUCCAGGUUGGCUUGAGGUUGAUCCAGAGUCUCUACUUGUUGUGUUUGUCCAUUGCUGGAUCGCUCUUUAGAGCUGGGUACCUUGGCUUGUAUGUCAAGCUUAGUUAUGUCAUUUCUGUUGAACAUGUCCAGUUUGAUAACUAGUUUUGUCAUUGUUCAUGGAUGCUUUUGCUUUUUAUGAAGGUGCGGUUAUUAUGA